AGGGUUUAGUUUCGCAUCGGCUCUUUCAGCCAGAGCUGCCAUAACGUUCGCGCCUCCUACUACCUCUGCGCUUCAGCAAAAUUCAAUCUCUGCGAGGUUAGCUGAUCUCAAUCAACAAUGGCGGACAAGGCAGUCACUAUUCGCACCAGGAAGUUCAUGACAAACAGACUUCUGUCAAGGAAGCAAUUCGUCAUUGAUGUUCUUCACCCAGGAAGAGCUAAUGUCUCCAAGGCUGAGCUGAAGGAGAAAUUAGCAAGGAUGUAUGAAGUGAAGGACCCAAAUUCAAUUUUCGUAUUCAAGUUCCGCACUCACUUUGGUGGUGGGAAAUCUACUGGAUUCGGUUUGAUCUAUGAUUCAGUAGAGAAUGCGAAGAAAUUCGAGCCAAAGUACAGGCUUGUCAGGAACGGACUUGAUACCAAGAUUGAGAAAUCAAGGAAGCAGAUGAAGGAGAGAAAGAACAGGGCCAAGAAGAUCCGUGGAGUAAAGAAGGUAAAUAAUAGAUUGGCUGGUUUAUGUUAUUGGAAUUUAGUUUUAAUCACAUUGUUUUCUUAUUUUUGUAUCCUCAAUUUGUUUUCAGACAAAGGCAUCAGAAGCUGCCAAGAAGAAGUGAGAAUAGAGAAUGUUUCGCCAGUGUUGAAGCUCAUAAGCAGCAAUGGGUGCAUUUAUUCUCACAUUAGGUGCAUUUUGAAAUUAUAUAUCUUUUAUAUCAUUGUGGAUGUCGGUCUCAACUAAUGUUUAGUUUUUUCUUUUGAGAGUUUUGAGUAAUUUGGAGAACAAUUUUGUAGCAAGAGAUUUCAAGAUAUUUUUCAUCAUUAAGCUGUGAUUUUACAAAACUACUCCUAGUAGCAACAUAAUUUUAGUGUGGAAUUUCUUCCUAUUGUUGUUGCUGAA